CUGGGCGAGAGAUUGGCUUGGUGUCGGGCUGGGCCGUGUGUCAAAAGUUCAGGAACCCGAAGAGUCGACUUAGUGUUGACGAGCUUGUCCAGGAGCUACACCAUCCAAUUCGGAUUAAAAGGUGCUCGAUUCCUGAGAAGCCACCGAGUGCUCCAAGAUGCCGACCAUCAACGUCGAUAAAUACGCCCUCUUCGAGGCGCUCGGCGAGCAGUUCCCCGGGGAUAGCUUCCAAAAGCUGUGUUUCGAUUUCGGCAUUGAGCUCGACGGGGAUACUGAACAUGACCCGUCACGCCCCAAGGACCAGGCCCCUGAGUUGGCCAUCGAGAUCCCCGCCAACCGAUAUGACAUGCUGUGCUUCGAGGGCAUUGUGACCAACCUCAACAUCUUCCGGGGCAAGCACGCGACACCGAACUGGAGGCUGGUCGAGAUUCCCGAGGACAAAAUGCAAACCCUCACCAUCACAAAAGAUACGGCGCAGGUCCGCCCGUAUGCGGCCGCCGCUAUCCUUCGCAACAUCAAAUUUACACAGGCCUCUUACGACUCCUUCAUCGGCCUGCAGGACAAGCUCCAUCAAAACCUGGCGAGACAGCGCACCUUGGUUGCGAUCGGAACACACGACCUCGACACCAUCAAGGGUCCUUUCACAUACGAGGCCUUGCCGCCGAAGGACAUAAACUUUGUCCCGCUGAACCAAACCAAGCAAAUCAAUGGCGAGGAACUCAUGGGCUUCUACGAGACGGACAGGCACCUCGGCAAAUAUCUUCAUAUUCUCCGAGACAAGCCUGUCUACCCCGUCAUUCUCGAUGCCGACAGGAACAUUUGCUCGCUACCUCCCAUUAUCAACAGCGAACGUUCCAAGAUCACGCUCAACACCACGAACGUGUUCAUCGACAUGACAGCGACAGACCAGACCAAGCUCGAUAUUGUCUGCAAUAUUAUGGUCACCAUGUUCUCCCAGUACUGCGCCGAGCCCUUCACGAUCGAACCUGUCAAAGUGAUUUCGGACCACAACGGCACUACCCGGGUAACACCCAGCUUGGCUACGCGGACGAUGGAGGUCGAGGUGGAUUAUCUGAACCAAGUUUGCGGUCUUGAGGAGUCCCCCGAGUCGAUAUCUAAGCUCUUGAGCAAGAUGGCAUUAAGUGCGCAGCCGUUGGAAAACCCAAAGUUGCUCAAGGUUACGGUGCCGCCAACGAGAGCAGACGUUUUGCACUCAUGUGAUGUGAUGGAGGAUGUCGCCAUUGCCUACGGUUUCAACGAUCUCCCGCGAUCAACUCCCAACAAGUCAGUUACUGUCGGUAAGCCGCUGAUGAUCAACAAACUCAGCGAUAUUGUCCGUCAUGAGUCCGCCAUGGCAGGAUGGGCCGAGGUUAUGCCCCUCAUCCUCUGCUCGCACGAGGAGAAUUUCGAGUGGCUCAAUCGCAAGGACGACGGGACGACAGCAGUUAAGCUUGCCAACCCGAAGACGGUUGAAUACCAAAUCGCCCGGACGUCAUUGCUUCCUGGCCUACUCAAGACUCUGGGCGAAAACAAAGCGAUGCGCCUGCCCCUGGAGAUCUUCGAGGCGUCUGAUGUUGUCCUCAAGGAUGAGUCGUCUGAGCGGCGGGCGAGGAACGAGCGUCACUGGGCGGCCGCCUACUACGGCAAGACCAGUGGUUUUGAAAUGGUCCACGGGCUUCUAGAUCGCGUCAUGACGAUGCUCCGUGUCGCCUUUGUCACACACGAAGAGGGCCUAGCGGGGAAGAGCAUCGACUUUGAGGUGAAGCAGAACCCAAGCCAGCAGGACGGCUACUUCAUUAAAGAAAUCGACGAGCCCACCUUCUUCAACGGGCGCGCCGCCGCCAUCUACGUGCGGCUCGGAGGAAAGCUGCAGCGGAUCGGCGAGUUCGGUGUCUUGCAUCCGACUGUACUGGAGAAGUUUGAUUUGAGGUACCCGGUGAGCACGCUGGAGAUUAAUCUCGAAGUCUUUUUGUGAGAUACUCGCUACCUUAGAUGUGUAGAUCUGGUUGAACUAGCGUGUGGCACAAAAAUAGAGAGGGCUGAUGAUGAUCCCUUAACGUGACCUACCUACCUAAAUGAGGGGAUGCCAAAUGCCAAACCACAAUUCACAGACAGAAUCGAUCAAGCCUUAGUCC